AUGUCAGAAGUUAAUUUAAACGUUCGUUUUAUUAAUAAAGGUUAUGCUAUUGGAGAAAGAUUACAAGGGUUUCUCCUUAUUAAUGUAAAGAAGAGAGUAAUUGUUAAUCAACUACAUUUUAACUUAAUUGGUGAAACAAUUUUGUCACGUAAUGCUUCAGACAAAAAAGCAAUUAAAUUAGUAAACAAAUUUUUCAUUUCACGUGAUUAUCCUCCAUUGGCAGAGCAAUCUAAUUUCUCUUGUGAACCAUUUUAUCAUGAAUAUUUUCCAGGUACUCAUGCAGUACCAUUUUCAAUUAUUAUUCCUAUUGUACCACAUCCUUCUUUACAUCUUAAAGGAGGGGUUGGAGUAAGGUAUCGAUUACAAGCAAAAUUACAAAUUAUUCCAUUGAAAAGAAAAGAAGGUUCAGAGAAGGCAAUAGCAUUAUCAACAUUUACAUCAUCUAAUGAAGUACCAAUUCUUUAUUGUGUUAAAGAUGUUUUUGAUAUAAAAAAACCAGAAGAAGUAUGUAGUAGAGAUCAAGUAUUAGUAAGAAUGAGAUGUACACCUGGAAUUAAACCUAAUGAAUCUAUUAAAGUAUAUGUUACAAUUAGUAAUAAUACGGGGAAACCAUUAAAUCCAAUUAUGUUAUGGUAUUCAGAACAUAGGUAUAGAGAAACAUAUAUCACUUCAAAUGGUGGUAUUCAAGAGUUAGAUAAAAUACCUAAAUUAUUACAGAAAGAAUUUAUUUUAGAAUCAACUAACUUACUUCCAACAAUAAAAGAAGAUGAUUUUAUUGUUGAGUCUUAUGUUGAAAUAAGAAUUAAAUUAGAGAAAAAGCCAACUAUUAUAGUUAAAUUUCCUGUUACUGUAGGAUGGGGGAAAGGUACAUUUGAAGACAAUUGUGCACGUGCUGCCUUACAUGGUAUUGAUUUUUCAAAAGAUAAAAUAACAUUUUACGGAAUACAUAUGAGACCCACACCAAGUUGUGAAAGUGUUAUUCAAAAAGUAGAGGUAGAUGGUGUUCCAGUAUAUAUAAAUCAUCUUUGGAGAAAGUGUUAUGGAGAUGAGUCAUGUAAGAAUUAUUUAAAUAUUAGAUAUCCAUUACCUGAAUGCAAAAUGUUACCAAAAGGAUGGGGAAUUGGAAUGGAUAGAGGAGAAAUGUAUUUUAUUAAUUGGAAUAAAAAAUAUACUACAUGGAUGGAUCCUAGAAGUUUUGAAGAACGAAAAAUAAAAGUACAAAAUAUACAAAUAACUCUUAUCAAAGGUAUUAAUUUUCCAACACUAAAAGGAAAACAAACAAAAUUUAGAUGUGUUGUUACUGAUAAAGAUAAUAAUCAAAUUGAAAGUGGUAUAUCAACUAAAUCAAUUGAUCCUAUUUGGGAUGGAGAUAAGAGUACUUUCAUAGUUCAAUUAGAAGAAAUGAGAGAAAACGUUGUAAUUGGUUUCUUUAGUUCUAAAAAGUUUGUAGGAGCAGUUGAUUUACCAUUAUGGAGAGUUGUUGAAAAUGGAAUUGAAGAAUGGUUCCAAUUAAAAAAUUUUGGAGAUUUUAAUAUCCCUCAAACAGGUGAAGUACUUUUAAGAAUUCAAUGGGAAGGAGAUGUACUUCCUGUACAACCAGAACGUGUGUUAAUGAGAUUUGACCCAUAUUAUUGUAAUACUGAAGCAACAAAAGAACAAGAGAAAUAUAUAAAUAAAAUUAAAGUAAAAGAACAUAUGACUAAUGUAACAUUUAAAACAAGUGGAGAAUUUAUUACAGGGAAAAAAGACAUUUAUUUAGAAAGUGGAAUUUCAGAAAAUAAUAUCACUAUGGGUAUUGCUCCUAAUUAUGAUGUUGAUUUAGUUGGAAGUAAAAGAGAAGAAGAGGUGUUUGAUAUUCCUGAGGAUGAAGAGAUGAUGGUUGAAGAAUUAACUAAAGAAGUAGAUACUAAAAAAUUAGAAGAUAUAAAAAAAGGAGAAAUUAGUUCAAGCAGCGUAAUUGAAUGUGAAACUGAAGAAUGUAAAAAUGAACUAACUUCAAACACUAAUCCUAAAAGUUUAUCUGAAAAGCUAGUUGAAGUUGUAGGAGAAGAAUUAAAAAAGAGUAUUGAUGAAGCUAAUAACAAAGAUUUUCAAAAUACAGAAGCAAAACAAAACGAAAAAGAAGAGACAAUAACAACAUACCAAGAAGAUAUUAAAAUUCAUAACACACAAGAAGCAGUUAACGGUGAACCUAAAAAUGAACAUGAGGAAAGUCUAGUUAAAGGCCAAAAAGAAGAACCAAUAGACAAGAAAUUAUUAGGAACGAAUAAUGAAGUAGAAAGGCAAACCCAAGAAAAGGUGUUAGAUAAUAAAAAAGAAUCAACUCUUCCAAAUACCGAUGAUACCAAGGAAGUGUUUAAUCAAGUAAAUCAACAAGAGUUAAAUAAUAAAGAAGUUUUAGAAUUAAAGGAAGAGAGUGUAAAAGAUUCUCAAGAGAAAGAAGAAUUAGUUCAACCAUCAAAUAAAGAAAAUGGUUUACAAGACACUACUCCACUAAGUAAAAGUGCUAUUAAAACUAAAGAUGAAACAGAAACAAAUCAAAGACAAGAAGAUAAAAUUGCUCAAGAAGAAGAGGACGAAGAAUUACUUGAACUAAAAAAGAUUGCUCAAAAAGCUAAAGAAUAUGAACAAAAAAGAAAAGAGGAAAAGGAAAAAAAGAAGCAACAACAAAAACCACAACAACUACAGAAAGAAAAAUCUAUUAAGGACAUUAUUCAGCUAAAUGAAAUGAUUACACAACGUGAAAAGGAAGAAGAUGACAAAAAGGAAAUGAUUAGAAAACAAGAGGAAGAAAGAAUUAAACAAGCCCAACAAGAACAAGAAGAAAAAGAACACCAAAUCAUUGAAGAGGAAAAGAAGAGACAAGAAGAAAAAAGAACACAACAAAUGAAAGAAGAAGAGGAGUGUAAAAAGAAAUUAGAAGUUGAAAUAGAAAAACAAAGAAAACAAGAUGAAGAGAAGAAAAGGAAAGAAGGAGAAAAGAAAGAGGAGUUGAAAAUAAUCCAAAAAGAAAAGGACGAAGAAGAGUAUAACAAAAGAAUAAAACAAGAAGCAGAAGAAAAUGAAAAAAAACAAGCUACUGAAGAGGAAAAAAGUCAAAAAAAGAAAGAAGAAGAAGAGGAAGAGAAACAAAAACAAAAACAAAAACAACUUUUGAAUGAAGAAAGGGAAAAGAAAGCAUUAGAACGUCAACAGAAGAAAGAAGAACGAAGAAAAAGAAAAGAAGAAGAAAGAGAACAAGCUCAAAAAAUAAAAGAGGAAGAAGAAAAAAGGUUAGAAGAAGAAAGAAAGAAAAAACAAGAAAUGGAAUCAAAAGCGGCAUCAUUUGGUGUUGUUGACCAAAUGAAUUUCACCAACUCAGAGAAAGAGUUAUUAGGAUUAAUUUAG